CCCUCUUAUCUUUUAUUUUGAAGGGUAUAAAAUGCGACUAGAUGGCAACGCUGCGAGCACUCUCUCGCGUUCGGGUAUAAAUGAAGAGCGAUUACUUUGGACCAGCUCAGUAGGUUUUUUUUGUUGUUCCGUGCGGGUGCACUUUUCCGUAUUAUUAGUGUAAAUUCCCAUAGCUUCUAGUGUUGACCAGAUUGUGAACGUUGUGACAGACGUCUGUUAAUUAACAUAUAGCACAACGAAUAUAUAUACCAAAAAUCCGGCAAAAUUACAACUCAUCUCCGACGCAGUAGCCAGUUCUUUGUUACUGUUGCUCCCAGUUCUUUGUUACUGUUGCUCGCGCAAAUAACGGAGAGCGUUGGACAGGGGGGAGUGGAGCGGAGAAAGCGAGUGAAUCAGAGCCGCAACGUAACGGUAAACCCGCGAUCCCGGCCACCUUAGAACCAGAACUCAUCACAAAGUUAUGAACCGCACCAGGAGGAAGGUGGUGCGCCCAAAGAAUCCCUUCACCAAAGCCAACUUCUUCUCACAAUGGAGCUUCUGGUGGAUGCGAGACCUGUUCAAGCGAGGCCUCCAGGGUCCGCUGACGGACGAGGAGCUGUAUCAACAUAGAAAGACCCUGGAUAGUGAAAGAGUGACGAACAAGUUUGCGGAUCUGUGGGAGGAUGAGCUAAAACGAAGUAAUCCCAGUGUGGUGAGGAUGAUCCUUCGCGCAUACGGCAAGAUUUUCGUGCCCAUGGGGCUGGCGUUCUCCAUAAGCGAAACGAUUUGCAAAUCUCUCAUGCCGCUAUUCCUGGGCAGUCUGGUCGGUUACUUUGCCACAAAUCAGACGGACAUCAGUGAAAAGACAGCAUAUCUGUAUGCCAUGGGAAUUGUGAUUUGCAUGCUGGUGCCUGUGAUAACGUUCCACCCCUUUAUCUUCUACAUCUUUCAAGUGGGCACCAAGCUGCGGCUGGCCCUCUCGGGUCUCAUCUACCGCAAGGUCCUGCAGGUCUCGAAGAGAAGCAGUAACGAUGGUCUGCGAGGAAGAGCAAUCAAUAUUUUGUCCAACGACCUUGGCCGCUUCGACGUGGCGCUGUGUUUUCUUCAUGAUACAUGGAAAGGGCCGAUGGAGUCGAUACUGAUUGGCUUUCUCAUGUACCGUGAAAUCGGUAUAUCGGCUGUGAUCGGUGUGUCCUUUAUGCUCAGCUUUAUUCCACUCCAAGCGUGGGCAGCCAAGAAAGCCGCCUACUAUCGCCAAAUGACGGCAGAGCGAACGGAUAUGCGUGUCAAGCUGAUGAACGAGAUCAUCCAAGGUAUCCAGGUGAUCAAGAUGUAUGCGUGGGAGAAAAGCUUUGCCCGGGUCAUCGCCGAAGUUCGCCUCAAGGAGGUGAAGGCCAUUCGAGGUACUGCCUACAUCCAUGCCGCUCUUGGUUGCACCUCCAUGAUAUCGCCGCUAUCUGUGUUCCUGGCGUUGUGCUCCUACGUUUACCUUGGUGAUCCCUUGACCGCUCAAAAGGUGUACACAGUUUCAUCCUAUUUUAACAUGCUUAACGAUUCAAUGGUAACCUUUUGGCCUAUGUCUAUUACGUUUAUUGCCGAGGCCUUGGUCUCGGCAAAACGUUGCAAAGAUUUUCUACUAGACGGAGACAGAGCGGAGGUACCCAUAAACUUGGAAGCAAAUCAACAAACUGCCAAAAACAAGCGCAAAAUCAGCAAAAAGGACAGACAAAAGAACGUAGAGUUGAACGGUACCCUGCUGUCCAAUGGCCAAGUGCACCACAAUCGUCUAAGGGAUUAUGAUCCGGAGGCAACGAAAAAAUGUGUGGUGCUCAAAAAUGUAUCUGCUUCGUGGGACAACAGUGAUGGUCAUGCGAACUGUGUCAUCGAGGACUUCAGCACGGACAUAAAGGACCAAACUUUGGCUGCCGUCGUGGGACCUGUGGGUGCCGGCAAGUCCAGCUUUUUGAACGUCCUGCUUGGCGAAGUCGGCAUCGAUAAGGGUGAAGCCAUGGUCCACGGCAAAAUCUCGUAUGCCUCACAGGAAAGCUGGGUCUUCGAGGGAACUAUUCGAGACAACAUCGUUUUUGUGGAGGAUUACAACGAGAGGCGGUACAAGAAGGUGGUGAAGGUGUGUGGCUUGGAGCGGGAUAUGGAGUUGCUGCCUCGCGGAGAUCUGACAGUGGUUGGAGAGCGAGGAGUGAGUCUCAGCGGUGGCCAAAAGGCCCGAGUUAGUUUAGCUCGAGCAGUCUACCGCAAGGCGGAUAUAUAUCUUCUGGAUGACCCUCUGUCUGCUGUGGAUACCCACGUGGGCAAGCACAUCUUCGAUCGCUGCAUACGCGACUUUCUCUCCAACAAGAUUCGAAUUCUGGUCACCCAUCAGGUGCAAUAUCUGUUCGAUGUGGAGCACUUGCUGCUAAUGGGGUCCGGAAAGAUUAAGGCCCAGGGCAGCUACCAGGAACUCCAGCGCUCCCGCCAGUUUCAAUUCCUAGAGCAGACGCAGCACGACGAGAGCGGCAUCGAUACUCACAGUGUCAGCAGCUAUUUGUCUCGUAGCGAUUCCGAGAAGAGCAUGGAGCAUCAGCACAACCAGCUGCUUCGACCGGACGAGCAUGUAGAGGACGUCAACCAGGAGCAGCAAACUGUGGGUUCCAUCAAAAUGCACGUCUACGCCUCAUACAUCAAAGCAUUGGAUAGUACCUUUCUGUUGGGCAUUGUUAUUUCAUUGUUCGUCUGCGCCAGGAUUAUGUUAACCGGAGUGGAUUACUUCUUGUCUAGAUGGGUCAUUUGGGAAGAGCAAAUAGCUGUUAAUAGCACUACAACGCUACUUAACACGACGAUUGUCAAUGAUACGCUGCCGAUCAAUGCCACGGAUCCAUCUAUAGCGCCUUUAUUAGCAAGCGAUAUCCAGGCAGGCAUUCGCCAGGAGCUAGUACUCUUCUAUGCCACCAUACUGGGCGCCACACUGAUAGUCUACCUCAUUCGGACCUUUGGCUUCUUCAAAAUGUGCCUGCGCAUCUCUCUGCACCUGCACGACAGGCUCUUCCGGGGAAUCACCCGGGCCAGUAUGUACUUCUUCAAUACGAACUCCUCAGGACGAAUUCUGAAUCGCUUCUCCAAGGAUAUAAGGACAGUGGAUACGGAUCUGCCGCACACAUUGCUGGACUGUCUCGCCUUCAUUAUCGAUGUUUCUGGCGUUGUGAUUAUUGUGGCAAUUGCAAACUAUUGGCUCCUGAUUCCAGCUGCCAUCAUUGGUGUUAUUCUGGGCAUGAUACGGUACCUCUACGUGAACACCAGUCGCAGUGUUAAGCGCUUGGAGUCCAUAUCUCGUAGUCCUGUUUUCUCGUUGACUAACCAAACCUUCCAGGGUCUCACCACCAUUCGCGCUUUGCAGGCCCAAAGCGCCUUGGAGCAGGAGUUCCAUGAGUACCAGAACACCAACACCUCCGCCUGGUUUCUGUUCCUUUCCUGCACUCGUGCCUUUGCCUUGUGGUCGGACAUGCUGUGUAUCGUCUAUAUGACGGCGGUAACAUUCAGCUUUCUGCUGCUCAAGGACGAGUUCGACAGCGGCGACGUGGGAUUGGCCAUUUUGCACUCCACGACGAUGACUGGAAUGUGCCAGUGGGGCAUGCGGCAGACAGCGGAGCUGGAAAACCAGAUGACCAGUGUAGAGCGGGUGCUCGAGUAUACGGAACAGCCGUCGGAGGCACCUCUAGAGACGCCGGAGAAGUUCAAGCCAAAGAGCGAGUGGCCCAGCAAGGGACGCAUCGAGUUCAUUAACUUCAAGCUGCGCUACUCACCCAAAGAAGCACCUGUGUUAAGGGAUCUAAACUUCACUAUUGAACCGCGCGAAAAAAUUGGCAUUGUGGGGCGCACUGGCGCUGGUAAAUCGUCCAUCAUCCAGUCUAUCUUCCGAUUGGCCUGCAACGAGGGCAUGAUCCGCAUUGAUGACGUGGACAUUGAGCAUAUAGGCUUGCACGAUCUGCGCAGCCAGGUUUCAAUCAUACCCCAGGAUCCGGUUUUGUUUUCCGGCACUUUGCGCUACAACUUGGAUCCCAUGGACGAGCGUUCGGACGAGGAGAUGUGGAAGGCUCUUGGCGAUGUGGAGUUGCGUUCCUACGUGUCCACUUUAAUUGGUGGUCUGAACUGCCGCAUGUAUGACGGGGGUUCCAACUUUAGUGUGGGCCAGAGGCAGUUGGUGUGCCUAGCGAGAGCCAUCCUAAGGCACAAUAAAAUACUGAUUAUGGACGAGGCUACAGCCAACGUUGAUCCAGAAACCGACAAGCUAAUCCAGCAGACCAUUCGCUCCAAGUUUGCGCACUGCACUGUAUUGACUAUAGCCCAUCGAUUACACACCGUGAUGGACAGCGACCGGGUACUAGUCAUGGAUGCCGGCGAGGUACGCGAGCUGGGACAUCCUUACGAGCUGCUGCAGCGAACUGGAGGAUACCUUCGCCAGCUGGUGGACAACACGGGCGCAGCCACCUCCUUUGCCCUGCAACAGGCGGCGGAGCAGAGUUAUAGCAAACAGAUCCUGGGAGAUGAUACAGCCGCCGAGGACUUGAACAUCACACUGGCGAUGGAGGAGAAGACCCAGUGACCGAGACGCACACUCAUCUACUUGUAGACUUGCUUAAGGUUUAGAUCAUAAGAACUGAAAGUAUUAUGUACAUAGCACAGUUGUACUUAAAGCUAACGAAAUACCUAUUGCCUUGUACUUACGGAAUAUUUGUAAGCUUGAUUAUCGCCACGAAUUUAUGUAUGUAUAUGUUCCAUAGCGUACUGAGUAAUGUAUAUGUAUCACCUAUGUUUUGUGCGUCAUGUGUUCAAUUGGCAAACCUAUCGAAAGCAAUUCGCAAACACCGUGCACAAAUCAAAGCAAGUUCAAUAUAACGUAGGCGUAGAGUAAUUUAGGUACUUUUUUAAAAUAUGUAGCUAAUGUAGGAUUACCACAUCGUACUUAUAGAUACGUACAAUCUCAAUAAAGUGCCUGAGAAUUAUUACUUACAAAUGAAACAAAA